AUGCAGCUUCUUUACAAUUUCACCGCGCUGCUUAGUCUUAUGGAACUUUCCACCAUAGAGCAACGAUACACUGAAGUUUUCAAGGACAUCUGCACAGUUAUAGCUAACGACCAGCAACCUUAUACUUUCAUCUACGACAGUGCAGAGACCACACCAGAGACGCUCGAUAACCACGACCACCCAAAUGUGCCAUUUGUGCUGCACACACUGAACACGCCAAAUCCAACAGCUAUCAUUAGUAUUGAUCAUCUCGCCCCCAUUAAGAACUACAAGGAGCUUUUUCAUAGCAGUUUAAUUAGCGUCGUGCGACUGAGCCUCCAGAUUCAAGCCGAUAAAAAACUACUAAGGGCGCUGUGGCAACGUCUACAAAGGAACAGAAAAAGCCGUCUCAUACUACUCUUCGAUGACAUAUCCAGUGAAGCUUAUAUAAAGAGAAUUCUGAAAUACUGUGCCUACCAAAGCGCCAUAAAUGUCAUCGGUUUGCAACCAAUAAUGGCGGUGGAGGAACGCAGUUACUGGACGUUGCAAAUAUUUCCCAAACAGCGAACUGUUCGCCUACAUUUUCCAACAAACUACGGCGAGCUAUUCCCACGCCAUAUGGAAAAUAUGCACGGACACGCUUUGCGUGUUAUAGAGAAUGCCUGGUAUCCACUCAUUUAUAACUUCACGCCCAAGCAAGGACCGCCAAUGCUCAGUGGCUACGUGGGCAGAGCUUUGUUGGAGUAUGCUCGCUAUCAUAAUGCGACGAUUUCGGCGCCGUUGGUGAUGCGGCAGAGAGGGUUUUUGUUUCCAGAAUCUAGCGAUAUACUCGGUAAUAACAGCGCAGAUAUCGGUUUACUUGUGCCAAUACAAAUUCGAGAUUCACGUUUAAGUUACUCGAUGGUGGUGCAUUUCAUGGAUUGGUGUAUGAUGAUACCGGUGGAGAAACCAUUGCCGCGAUAUACCUUCUACUACCAAACAGUCGAUUUGAUUGUGGUUAUUGUAUUCUGUAUCAGCCUCACUUUGAUCUCCAUCAUGUUGGCAAUCUUAUCUUAUAGGAAUCGUCGGCAACAAAUUGAGCUUCGCUUCGCAGAUAUUUUCAUAACUUCAGUACUACAAAGAUUACUGGGUACACCAUUUCAGGCCCAGCGACACAUAACAACUCUGCACAAGUUUAUCAGCAUUAUCAUAUCGUUGGCGGGUGUAAUCAUCAGCACCGGUUACUCCACUUAUCUACAGAGUUUCACUGUAAGCGCACCCGUUGGUACGCUUAUGAAUACUGUUGAUGAUGUUCUGAAGAAUGGCAUACAAAUUGCGCUUGGUACGAGCAACCUUUAUUGGGUCGAACAGGAGAAACGCUUUACAGAAAUUCUUCAGAACUAUACGUUCUUCAGUAAUUUUACCGAUUUGCUGAUGCUGCGCGAUACACUCGAUACACGUUACGCAUUUCCGGUCACCGAUAUGUGGGAAAUAUACCAUGAACAGCAGAAAUAUUUCACAAAACCGCUUUUUCGUAUUUCGAAUCUCUGCUUUGGCAAGAAUCUUCCAAUGACAUUCAUAUUUCAGGCGAACUCAAUAUAUCCGCCGAGUAUAAAUAAGUUUAUGGGCCGAUUGCUCGAAGCCGGUCUAAUAAGGUUUUGGUUGCAACAUAGUUUUGUGGAAUUAGUUGCGAUGGAUGUAAUCAAAUUGGACGACAUUAAUAAGCAAGUUGGAAUAGACAUAUGCAUACUUGUACAGAUGGGAGCUCAUCAUAGCCCCAUAAGCAAAUAA